CUAGCCUAGCCUAGCCUAUAUCCAGCAUGAAUGAAUGGAAGCUCCAUCGAACAUUCCGCCGACCGAGGCAUUGCGUGUGCCGGAUUUGGCCGGAGGAAAGAGCGGUGCAAGCGCGUGACGGCCCGUGUACGGGCCGAUUGGCGAUCGUAUAUGGUAUCUAAUCAGUAAUGCCCGACCCGUCCCCGAGAAUAGCUACAGUACAUGAGGACAAGACAGACGGAAAGCCGGUAGAAGGGCCGAUGGCAUGGAGAUCGCGUGCCAGAGCGAGGUCGUGGAGGCGGUAUAUGUACCGUCUCCGGAGUUGGUGAGGAAGAACGGUGAUGGUUUGGUUUUUGAUGGGUUGUACGUGGAGGGGAGAUGGAGAUGGAUAGAGAUAGGUAUUCGAUUCGCAUGUUAUCUACAGCAUUCUCACAUUAAACCUGCUAAAGAAGAGUAUAGCAUACAUACAUACACACCUUCUCCAAAACCUACCUGCCAAAGUACCCAGUACAUACCUACCUACCCCAACCCACCCACGCAUCCCAAAACCCGGUAUCAUCAUCAUCCAUCCAUCCCAAUCCAUCCAGAGCACACACCAUCCUCCACACCUCCCUCCCCCUCAACACCACAACCACAACCACCACAGUCUCAUGCUCACCAAGCCCCAUUGGCCACAGCCCCGCCACAGCGCGCAUUUCCCACUCCCCCGAAACAGCCUAUGUCCACCCCUCGAAAUGCCUCUUGUGUCGCGAGUACCGGUCCUGUCAGAACGUGUACAUGGAGGUACAUGAUGUGUUGUAAUUAAUUAGUACUUUUUGCAAUCGUCUCUCUCUGUCUCGCUAGAUGGCUUGAUAACUGGAUAGCUGAGAUAGCUAAAAUAGCUAUAUAGAGAUCGUGGGUCUUCCUUCCGCCCCUUGCUUUGCUUCGCUUCGCUUGAACAGGAGUAAGUACCCGGUUCCGCGCGCGCGCCCCGGGUCGUUGGUGCU